CUCCAACCGGUUCAUUGCGAUUACUCAGAUUACUUUUGAAUGGAUCUAUUUGUAAACAAGUGUAGCGAAAGCCGGCAAAUUUUGCCUUCAAAUAUUACUUGAAUUUUUUAACUUUUAUCAUUUCAUAAUUAAAUCAUGUUAACAUGAAAAAGAAAUAUUUUAUUCAUUAAAACAUUGUUGUGUAUAUUUUCUAGAUAAUCAUUUUGUAGUUGAAGUGAUUUUCCUAAUUUAUUUGAAGGAAAGAAAAACUUGGUUUAUGCGAAAGUUGUGAAAUAUAACAAAAAAUAUAGUUAUCAUUAUAUAGUAAAAUAUGUGGCGUAAAUUAUCCUGCAACUUUAUGGAAUUAAAUCUGGAUAUUACUCUUGGUGGGGGCCAAUCAUUUAGGUGGACAAAAUUAGACAUUGGUCAUUGGAUUGGAGUGAUAGAAAACUCAGUUUUCUCUUUAAAACAAGAUGAAAAUGGUAAUUUAUUGUAUUUUGUACAUAGAUCUUUAAACAAAGGAUCAAACAUUGACUGUGAUAGUUUACCAUCAAAAAGGCGAAAAAAGACAAAAAAGGAACCAGUGUACAAUUCUUCACAAGACUCAUCUUAUUUUGAAAGUAGUUUAAAAGAUUAUUUUAACCUAGAUAUCAAGUUAAUGGAUUAUUAUAAUGUGUGGAGUAAAGCGGAUGAAAACUUUAAGAAGGUCUCAGAAGGAUACAACGGUAUCAGAAUAUUACGCCAACCUCCUGUAGAGAAUCUUUUUUCUUUCAUAUGUUCAGCUAAUAACAACAUACCCAGAAUUACAAGUAUGGUGGAAAAGUUAUGUUCAAACUAUGGAGAGAAAAUUGCUGAAUGUGAGGGAAAAUUAUUUUAUACUUUUCCAGCAAUUAGACGUUUAGCUCAAGAUGAUGUGGAAGCCAAAUUAAGAGAACUGGGUUUUGGUUACAGAGCUAAAUACAUUGCACAAACUGCUAAAUAUUUACAUGAAAAAAAGCCUGAUAAUUGGUUUACAAGUUUGAGAAAUAUGCCAUAUGAGAAAGCUCACGAAGAAUUGCAAGCUUUACCUGGAGUUGGAGCUAAAGUUGCUGAUUGCGUUUGUCUCAUGUCUCUUGAUAAAUAUAAUGCUAUUCCAGUUGAUACCCAUAUUUGGCAAGUGACUGUUAAAGAUUAUUUGCCCCAUCUUAAGAAUGCUAAAGCGUUAACAAAUAAAAUAUAUCAACAAAUAGGUGAUUUUUACAGAGAAAGAUUUGGAGAUUACGCUGGAUGGGCAAACACAGUAUGUAUGCUGCAUUAUUUCUAUUUCAGGGUUCAAGUUGUCAGAUCUAAAAGUGAAUAUGCCUAUGCUAUUUGACAUGAUAUGAUGACUGGUCUUGUUUGCUGCUGAUUUAAAGAUGUUCAAGAAGUAAUAAGAUUUCUCAAGAAUGAUAUUUGCAAUGAAGUAUUAAGAAUGAUAUUUGCAGCCAAAACAGUACUUUAGGUUUUACAGAAGAACAAAUUUUAUCCUAACAUUUGUAAUGUACAAAUUAAAGUAUUAAAUCUAAGAAGUAUUUGUUGUUA